GAGACAGUCAUAGUCAGCUAGGGAGAGAGAGAGAGAGAGAGAGAGAGAGAGAGAGAGAGAGAGAUACAGUUACGGUCAGCUGGGGAAAGCUGAAAGGUUGCCAGGAAAGGACAGAGAGGCGAAAGGUAGAAAAGACUGACUAAGUUAGUGUGUAAAGGAAAAGACUAGCGUUAUGGAUGAGUCAAGACUCUGGGAUUUUCUCCAUUUUUUUACAAGCUGUUUUUGAUCUGAUUAACUUAACUUUCUGAAGAAAAUGGGAAACACUUGUGGAUGUGUGAGAGCCCAGAAAGAGGAAUGUAUAGUAGAUCCUGCAAAGGCUCCCCUGGGCUCUUCUCCUUAUCCCCGAAGCAAACGUUAUCUGAAGAGGAAGAGGAGAAAAGAGGAGCUGCACUAUCCAUUUGCUCAGCCGAACGAUGCCGGAGAGUGCCCAAAGGCCAGUGCUGGAGUCCCUUCGACAGGAGCCCCCUUGAAGGAGGAUUCCGGCGGGGAAUCAUCAGCCUGUUGUCUGAGUAAGGGGAAUGAUUGCGGCCACGCCAAGGUGGGAGAUGGGCACGGAGCAGUAUCUGGCGAGCGGAGCGACUUAGCAGGCUGUCUCACCAUCAGGCUGGGAGAUGUGGUGGACUCCUCUCACCCCAUUCCUCGAGGCGGUGCCCCUCACCUGUCCCAGUGUGAUGUUGGGUCAGGUGGGGUGAGCUGGGAGCAUGUGGCUGAUGGCAGCAACCUCUGUCCAGUGAAGAAGCAGAGAAACACAAAGCAAAAGUCACCGCUCACUGGAGCACAGGAGAACCAGCACUGUCCAAAUUUUGAGAUUAAGAAGACUGCCAGUUUGAGUGCCAUUGCUUGGACUGCCCCAGUCCCAAGUAAAUUUAACACUUGGCCCUGCAGAGCUCUGGCUGAAACUCUGUACUGCACCUGUAACAACAUAGACCAGAUGUCAUCUUGUCUGUUAUAUCAUAAGCCAACAACAGCCAUCUCUGCACCUUGCACAAGGAGGCAGCAAGAAGGUGAUUCCUCUCCCACAGCUCUGAGAAAGCGCCUCUGGGAAACUCCAUCCUGGGAAGUGGCUGGGAAUUUGGGAGUGUGUCAGCGUUCAGAUGGAAAUGGAGUUGAAUCACAGUCUGAUGAGAUCUCUGACAUCCAUGUUACGGGAGAGUCUGAGGAUAUGUCAGCGAAGGAGAAACUCUUGUUGUGGUCACAGCAGGCGGCAGAAGGCCACACUGGAAUCCGGUGUGAUAACUUCACUUCGUGUUGGAGGGAUGGCAGACUAUUCAAUGCGAUCAUUCACAGAUACAGGCCGGACCUGGUAGAUAUGAGUCAAGUGGCAAUUCAAAGCAAUGUGAGCAACUUGGAACAAGCCUUCGGUGUAGCAGAGAAACUUGGUGUCACAAGGCUCUUGGACCCAGAAGAUGUUAACGUAGCAUCCCCUGAUGAGAAAUCAGUGAUCACUUAUGUGUCGUCAUUGUAUGAUGUCUUCCCCAAAAUUCCAGAGGGCGGUGAAGGCAUCAGUGCAAAUGACGUAGAUGUCAAGUGGAUAGAAUACCAGAAUAUGGUGAACUACCUCAUCCAAUGGAUCAAGCACCACGUGACGAUUAUGUCCGAUCGGAGCUACUCAAACAACCCUGCAGAACUUAAGGCACUUUAUAAUCAGUACAUACAGUUCAAAGACACAGAGAUCCCUCCAAAAGAGAAGGACAAAACUAAAAUCAAACAGCUAUAUAAAUUGUUGGAGGUGUGGAUAGAAUUUGAUCGGAUAAAACUCCCGCAAGGCUAUCACCCAAAUGACGUGGAGAAGGAAUGGGGAAAGCUGAUUAUCGCCAUGCUGGAAAGGGAAAAGAGUUUGCGGCCGGAGGUGGAAAGGCUGGAAAUGUUGCAGCAGAUUGCCUCCAGACUUCAGUGUGACAGUGCAGCGUGUGAAGAUAAACUGAUCCUGGCGCGAAAUUCACUCCAACUCGACACAAAACGAUUGGAGUCAGGACUUCAGUUUCAAAAUGAAACAGAGGUUGCAGGAUACCUUUUGGAGUCAGAAAACCUCAUCCGGCAACAGAUUAUUGAUAUCCAGAUUCUCAUCGAUGGCAAGUACUAUCAGGCAGACCAGCUUAUCCAAAGGGUUGCAAAGCUCCGUGAUGAGCUGAUGUUGCUGAAGUCUGAAUGUUCGUCGGUGUACAGUAAAGGCUGCGCCUCGUCAGCAGAUCAGACCCAGCUAAUGAUGGCAGGGUUAACACAGAGUCUGAAUCAGAGCUUCUCCUCCGAUUUCUCCCAAAGCAUGACCCCAUCCUUGACCUCUACGUUAUCUCGGAGCUUGACACCAAGCUUGACUCAUGGAACAACCCCAGUUCUCACGCCCAGUCUGCCAGCAACAUUGUCUUCCGGCUUAAAACCUGUCCUGGUACAUGGGCUUAUUCAAGGCUUUGUGCCCACGAUGAAUACUGACACACUCCAGACAGUGAAACUGAUGCAAAUCAGAAAACCAUUAAUGCGAUCGCAAUUUGUUGACCAAUCCCUGACGGAAGAAGAAGUCAACAUGAAGUUUCUGCAGGAUCUGUUGGGCUGGGUGGAAGAUAUGCAGGUGCAGCUCGAUCAUGCUGAGUGGGGUUCUGAUUUGCCCAGUAUUGAAAGUCAUUUGGAAAAUCACAAGAACGUUCACCGAGCUAUAGAAGACUUUGAAUUGAGCAUCAAGGAAGUGAGAGGAGCUGAGGGCCAAAUGACUCCACCACUCAGCGAGAGUUACUCCGAGAAACUGAGAGCGUUGGAGAGCCAGUACCGCAAGCUUUUGGACACUUCCAGGGACCGAGCCACACAACUUGACAGCCUGCACACUUUCGUAUCCAGAGCAACCAAUGAACUGAUCUGGUUGAACGAGAAGGAGGAAGAAGAGGUGGCUUACGACUGGAGCGAGAGGAACUCCAGCAUGUUGCGAAAGAAGGAAUACCAUGCCGAAUUAAUGCAAGAACUGGAAGACAAAGAUGUACUGAUGAGAUCGGUGCAAGAGAUGGCGGAUAAGCUGCUUCUCCAUCGACAUCCGGCUCGGGCAACCAUUGAGGCUUUCAAAGCCGCCAUGCAGACCCAAUGGAGCUGGAUCCUGCAGCUCUGCUCUUGUGUGGAGAAACACCUGAAAGAAAAUGCCACUUAUUUUGAGUUUUACAACGAUGCCAAAGAAUCCAUGGACUACUUGAGGAACCUGGAGGAGACGAUAAAGAGGAAGUACAAUGUUGACAAAUCCAGCAGUCUAGUGAGGCUGGAAGACCUGGUUCAGGAUUCUAUGGAUGAGAAAGAACAGCUGCUUCAGUACAAGAGUAACGUAGCAAGUCUCAUGAGUCGGGCAAAGAGUGUUGUCCAGCUUAAGCCCAGGAAUCCCGAAAAUCCAACAAGGAUCUCCAUCCCCAUCAGAGCCGUCUGUGACUACAAACAAAUUGAGAUAACCAUUUACAAGGACGAUGAAUGCUUGUUGGAAAACAACUCGCACCGGGCCAAAUGGAAGGUGAUCAGUCCCACUGGGAAUGAGGCCAUGGUCCCAUCCGUAUGCUUUUCAGUCCCUCCACCAAACAAAGAAGCUAUUGAGAUGGCAAGCCGGAUUGAACAGCUCUAUCAGAAUGUCCUGGCUCUCUGGCAUCAGUCACACAUAAACAUGAAGAGCAUUAUGUCCUGGCAUUAUCUGAUGAAUGAAAUCUCCACCAUCCGUGCCUGGAAUGUUUCCUCGAUAAAGACCAUGUUGCCAGGAGAGCACCAACAGGUACUCAGCAGCCUACAGAUGCAUCUCAGGGACUUCUUGGAGGACAGUCAGGAGUCUGAAGCCUUCUCCGUCACUGAUGAAGCCCAGCUGGAGAGAGAAGUCAAGUUCUGCAAGCAGUACUAUGAAGAUCUUCUGAAAUCAGCGGAAAGAGAGGAGCAGGAGGAGUCAGCAUGCAACCUGUUAAUCUCUGAGGUGAGAAACAUUCGGCUCCGAGUGGAGAACUCUGAGAAGCAGCUGAUUCGUCAGAUCCGCACACCACUCGAACGGGAUGACCUGCAAGAAAGCGUGCAAAGAAUCUCUCAGCAAGAGAAGUUGAAGAGUGAACUGGAAGAGCUUAUUGCUGAUCUGGAAAAAGUAACAGAGAAGUGUGACAAAUUCUUUGGUCAAGCCUCUGCAUCUGCAGCUCCAACCCUGCGGACAGAGCUGAGCGUGGUGCUGCAGAAUCUCAAUCAAGUGUACUCCCUCUCCUCCAUUUAUUUGGAUAAGUUGAAGACGGUCAAUUUGGUUGUUAAAAACACACAGGAAGCAGAGGCUCUUGUGAAGGAGUAUGAGACCAAACUUGGAGAGGAGGAUGCAGUGCCCCCAGACCCAGAGGCUAUUCAGUCUCUGCAGAAUACGCUGAAGCAAUGGCGUACCGAAGUGGACGAGCAGCGGGAAAUUUUCCAUUCACUCGAGGACAAGCUGCAGAAGGGCAAGGCCAUCAGUGAGCGGAUGCUGAGGGCCCACAACGAGCGAGACAUGGACAUGGAUUGGCACAAGGAAAAGGCCAUUCAGUUGGUUGAGAGAUGGGAGAGCAUUCGCUCCCAAAUUGACAACAGACUACAUGAACUCGAAGGAAUCAGCACAUCUCUCAGCUGGUAUAGAGACUGCUACAAAGAUCUCGAUCAAUGGAUCCAGGAAAUGGAAGCCACUCAACAGAAGAUGCAGGAACGCCAGCCCGAAGAUAGCCGAGCCCUUGCGGAUGAACUCCAUCAACAGAAGGUGUUGGCUUCAGAGGUUGAAAUGAAACAGGGGAAAAUGGACGAGUGUCAGAAGUACUCUGAAGGAUAUUCCUCCGCUGUCAAGGAAUACGAACUUCAGCUCAUGACCUACAAAGCUAUGGUUGACUCCCAGCAGAAAUCUCCGGUCAAGCGGCGCAGGAUGCAGAGCUCUUCAGACAUCAUUGUGCAAGAGUUCAUGGACCUCCGAGCACGCUACACUGCCCUGGUUACCCUGAUGAUGCAGUAUGUGAAGUUUGCCAGUGACGCUUUAAAAAGAUCCGAGGAAGAAGAGAAGUCAGUAGAAGAGGCAAAGCAAGAGCACGUUGAGAAGGUUGGUGAACUAUUGAGAUGGGUUUCUGAGAAGAGCAAGAGCUUAAUUACGAGACAACAAAAAUCACCCACAUCUGAACCUGGUGGAAGAGAGCCAUCACUUUCCGAGCAACAGGCUCUGCAUAUGGAACUAUCAAGCAAGAAGGACCAAAUUGCUGAAGCUAUCCACACAACACAGAUAUUCUUGGCGAAACACAGUGACAAAAUAUCAGAAGAUGAUAAACUACAAACAGAGAAGCAGCUGGGGGAACUUCAGGAAGCUUAUGAUAAAUUGUGUGAACGGUCUUCUGAAGAGAUCCAGCAUUCUCAGAGCGUCCUGGCUGAGGCAUCAGGGGAGAAGACCUAUGAAGCCAUCGCAGGGGUUGUUGACCUGUCAACUGGAAUAGUCUUUCCAAUCUACCAUGCAAUACGCAAUGGUCUUAUUGAUUAUGACACAGGUGUGAUAUUGCUGGAAGCACAGAUCAUUGUGUCAGGCCUUAUUUUUCCAGAAAUGAGACGCUGCCUUGACUUAGAAGAAGCUUUGAGGUGCCAAUUAGUUGAUCAACAAAUCUUCAGUCAACUAAAGCAACUGAGUAAUGCUGCCAACCAUACUUCAAUUACCUUAAGUGGAACAGGUGAUGUCCACCCUACUGUUGCUGCUUAUGCUCAGAAUAUACAGUCUGAGGUCUUAGCCAUCAAAGUUCUUGAGGCACAGCUUGCAACUGGAGGACUGCAAAUACCCAGUACUGGAGAGAAGAUCAGUCUGGAGGAAGCCUUCCAGAGAAAAUUCAUCACGGCUCAGCUGUACUUCAGACUUAUCGAGAGACAGAAAAUGUGCAAGGAGCUGAUUGAUCCCUGUACGAACGAGAAAGUGUCACUGAUGGAAUUAAUGGAAAGAACGAUUGUGGAUAAAGACACAAAUCUUAGGCUGCUUCCAGCGAGACGGCUGAAAUCAGGAAUGAUCACUUUGAAGUGUGGCAGAGAGACCAGUGUUUUCCGGGCGGUCCACGAAGGCCUCAUCGAUCGUGAAGUGAUGAUUAGGCUUCUGGGAGCUCAGCUGUUUGCCGGAGGGCUCGUUGAUCCUCAAACUGACAGGCGUCUCACGGUGGAUGACGCAGUGGAAUGUGGUCUGAUCGAUCACGAUACUGCUUCGGCCCUUCUCUCUCAUCAAGUUCAGACUGGAGGCAUAGUCGACCCAAAAAGUGGUUGCAGGUUAACCAUGGAUGAAGCCAUACAAUGCAACUUAAUAUCUUCAAGUAGUGCUCUUCUAGUGCUGGAAUCACAUAAGGUGUUUAUGGGCCUUAUUUGGCCUGAUUCUGGUGAAAUAUUUUCCAUAGAUACGUCUUUGCAGCAGGGGGUGGUAACAAAUGAAUUAGCUUACAAAAUCCUGAGCAACCGGCAAAAAAUAGCAGCACUUUACAUUCCAGAAAGCUCACAAGUGCUCACUCCUGAAGAGGCAAGAGUGAAAGGUAUAAUAAACCAGAAGACAGCACGUGUCCUGAGCACAAUGCGGAUCCCUGACUUAAUGCCCCACACCAGUGGCUUUCACCGUCCCUCUGCAGAUACUUCAGACUGGACUUCACACUCAGAAGUUGAAACGCAUGACACAAGCAAUGUGGCAGACACUGAAGAAGCAGAUCAAGUUGAGAAUGUGGCUCAGAAUCCAAUAGAACUUCAGCAGAAUUUCUUGACUGAUGUAAUGAUGCACAGCUACAUGGAUGCAGGUACAGGAAGGAGGCUGCUGUUGGUAGAUAGUGACUUGAAUGAAAAAGUUCAAAUGGUAAUGGAAGCAAGUUCUGAAUGUGAUCUCAUUGAAAGCUGGCAGGACUGUAUUUGCAGUCAGGAAGAUGAACCACUUGAGGAUCACUUGGAAUCCAAGGGGAUCUCAGGAGAUAGUGGAGCUGAGAAAAGUCAUAAUUAUUUUGAAUCACUGGAGCCAGCAUUUGUGAGAGGAAGGAAGAACAGUAUUACAUCUGAUGAACACGGUGGCAAUGUGAAUGGUCAAGAAUUGUACUGGAUGCCUGACCUACAGCGACUGCCAGUCAGUGACAAUGGGGAAAGCUCUUGUUCUCAGACAGUAGAUGCUGUAAUUGGUACUGACAGCCUUGACGCAGGGAAGACAGUUCAGGCAACUGAAACUUUAGAGAAUUCUGCAGAAUCUCUUGAAGCAACACUAAUUCAGAGAGCUUCAAGUUCACCUCCAGAUCUGAAUGAAAGGGUUAUACUGGCAGUUAAUUCUAUUGGACAUGAGUUGGAAAACCAAUUGAAAGGGAGUGUGAAGACACCAGAAGGUGAUCCCACUUCUGACCUUUCUCAAGUGAUGAGCACAGUUUUACAAACUUCAGAUUCUGGUGUACAAGAGGAGGUGACUACUACCCUUCCCAAACCAGCUGAAGUCACGCAAAGGACUCCAACUGGUGAAUUGUUGCUAAGGGGAUUCCCUCCACUCCCCUUGGAAAUGGACUUCCAAAUGGAAUAUAGUGAGGACUUGAAGAAAUUGCUGGGUCUUGUGGGAGGUCCUUCUUUUCAAAAGGGAGAAGAAUUUUUCAGCAAGACCCAAGAUAUUAAAGACAUGCUGGUGAUUUCUGAAGAGUGUAGUAGAAGGGAUUUGAACAAUGAAGAGCUUGUAGAUCCUUCAUGGAUAAAAGAACAAAGUAACUCAGGAGGAAGAUGUGAUGCUCCUGUAACAUCAGGAGAACAUCACCAACACUUAGCAGAUGAAACUAUGCAAUGGCUUCCUUUGGAACAGCAAGUUCCAAUAGAAGGAGCUGAAAUUAUUCCAGAUCCAUUGGAAUCUGAGGAAAGACCAAAUGGAAGUAACAAAAUAACAUCAGUUCCAAGUCUAGAAGACAUUGCAGACACACAUGAAAUGGUGGACUUUGUUGGUACUACUACUGUGUAUGGGCUGAGUGAAGACCUAAUGGAUGGUGCAUUGAAGAUAGAGGAUGAAGUAGAGUUUGAUACAGAUGGUACCAGUGUACUUGAUGAUGAGGUUAUGUCUGAGGACACAGAUCUUGAAAACCAGGUGGUCCUUCAGAAAUUUGUGGAGGAAAGCAGAGGUUCCACAACUGACCAAGAUAGUUCGGAAGAAAUUAAGGAUGCAGUAAUGCUAUCAGAGGAGGAGAAUCUCAUCGAAUACUCACAGUUAGAUCCAGUGGAAACUGGGACCAAAAGUAGACACACUGUGGUUGGUACCGUGAGCUGUGACAGUGAAAAGCACAGGGAAAUAAUGGUCAUUGAAACAUUGGAUGAUAUAGCAGAUUUAGAUGACGGAAUGGUGGUAGAAGAGCUGGCUGCUAUGAGUGACAGGUCACAGAAUGAGAAAUCAUAUCAUUGUAUUGAAAAUUGCAAUGAUGAUGCAAUGGGAAAUGCGCUGUAUGGAUCCUUUCAUGCAGAUAUGGACAGUAGUAUACACCAACAUACAGAUGACAAUAGUGAAUGCUGGAAGAGCAAAGCAAUAGUGAGUGUGGAGGGACUGGAGUAUAUUGCGGAGACCCAGGAAGUGCAAUGGUCUGAUGAUGACUUCACAGGAGGGAAAGAAAUUCAAAUAAUUAAUCCUGAUAUUGAAGGUUUUGAAGAUUUAUUUGAACCUUCUGCACCAUUGCCCGAGGAUGAAAUGAUUUUUCUAAAUGGAGGAGGUUUUAGUUUAGAUAUUGAUGAACAGGUCCAGAGCAAUCAACCCUGUGGCCAAGAUUUUGGCCCAGUCAAAGGUCAAGACCAAAAUCAAAGGGAAAUCCGUAGUGAGAGGAUGCAAGAAAGUCAUCAAAUCUUUGAGCUGGAUAAAUUGAUAGGUAAUUUAAUGAACCCAGAUAUGACAUUGAUGGACAACAGUUUAGAUAUUAGUGCUGGACAGCAAGAAAAAUCAAAUGAAUAUGCAAUGUCAGUGAUGAAUGCUGAAGGUGGCUGUAUUGGAAGGCACUUGGAGGAGGAGGAGAAAGAGAAUGAGGAUGAUGGACAAAUAACUCAUCUUGGGGUGGUAAAAGACACAGAGUGGGACAGAUCCAUUUUGAUCAAACAGCUCAAAACUGAAGUUGAAGCAGGUGGAAUAUUUGACCCCGUUACUGGUGAGAGAUGCAAUCUUGAUGCUGCUUUGGAGCAAGGACUUUUGGAUGAGGAGAUGGUUGUGGAUAUUUUGGUUUCUCAGUUCCAAGAUGGAGGAAUCACUUCAGAAGAGACUGGUGAAAAUUUAACUCUUUAUGAAGCAGUGGUGAAGGGGCUUCUGCAAAGUCAUGUGGCCAUCAAAGUACUAGACAAGCUGGGUCUGAUUGGUGGAUUUUACAACUGUCGCACAGGAGAAAUAAUGGAAGUGGCCCAAAUUUCAGAACGUUUGGUAAAUAAUGAACUGCUGACCAAGAUUUUGCUCUCUGAGAAAGUUGUCUCUGGGGUUAUUCACCCAGAAACUAAAAAACUCCAUAGCAUUAAUGAUGCAGUGAGACUUGGUAUUUUGGACUCUUCUACUGCUCUCCAUAUGCUGGAAGGUCAGGUUGUUUCUGGUGGCAUUGUGGACCUUCGUCGAGAAGGUCGAUUAUCGGUGACCAAUGCCUUGAAACUCUGCUUGGUGGAUGAGGCACAUGCUGAACAAUUGAUCAAUAUUGAAAAGGCCAAAAAUAAAGAACAGGUCGAUGAGGUGACCAGACUGAGGGCUCUAAGCUACCAGUUCGAGAUGCACGGAGUACUGGAUCCACAGACAGGGAAACCUUUGUCUCUGCUCGACUUGAUCAACGGAGGGUUUGUGGAAAGGGAUGCUGUGCUUAAUGUUCUUCAUAAGCAAGUUGAAGAAGGUGGCAUCAUUCAGCUUAAGUCUGGGUUGCGUCUCUCUGUAAUAAAUGCUCUGAGGCAUGGUUUAAUCAGCGAAGACCUUGCUGAUGACCUGUUUGAAUUAGAAGCAUCACGCCAGAAUAUUUGCAGUUCGAGUUCUGGGAAAUAUUUGCUUCCUCAAGAAGUUAGUUUAAGCCCAUCAGAUUUUUCAUUGGAAGUGAAAGAGAACCUGAAAUCAAGCCAUAUUUUCAAUGAACUUGACAAAGUAGAAUCUGAUGUUACUCACUCACUUGGUGAUGGAUUAACAAAAGAAAUAGAGUUUUCUGAAAGACGGGACAAUCACUUGGAUGAUUUGCCUUACUCUGAUUUGGUGAAGUUAAGUAAUGUAGAUAUAGAAACUGGACAAAGGUACAUACAAGUUAAAUCUCGCCAAGUCUCAGUAGAUGCUGGUAAAGUUGAAGGAAAUCUGAAGGUGACAGAUACAGAUGUGUCUGCUGCUCAUAGCCAUCAGAGGAAGGAUUUAAAUGAUCAAAUGUUGGGAUCUGCAGAAGACAGCGAGGACACUGUGCAAGGUUUUGAAACAAAGAAUGAACAGAAGCAUAGCAAAAACUCUGUGGCAUCAGAUUCGGAAGGUAUCUUUCUUAGCGGUGAGCUUCCAUGGGCUGAAAAAGCCUCUGCAGAAGAUCUGUCUAUUAACCAGGACAGCAUUCCAUUUAAAUCUCCAGAUGCUGAAAGUUCUCUGCAAGGUGACUUCUUCACAUAUAUUCGGGAGUACAUAUCAGAAAUACUGCCAGCAGGUGGAAUGUCAGAAUCAUCCAAAAAAGAAGACCUUCUAACCAGUGAAGAGAAACUGAAUGACAAGGAUGGAAGAGUGGAGGUAGAAAUAGUUAUGGAGGAAAGUUGUGUGGAAGAGUUGGACUUGAAUGAUACAGCAAGUACCACUGAGAUUCAAGAUCCAAUUAAUUAUAAAACAAGUGAUAAAUGGGUUAAGGAUGUUGAGAGAGCAUCAUCUGAUGUGAAGUUCAGCUCGUAUGAACAACAAGCAUUGUUAACUGAGAUGUCUGCAGACCAUCAACCCAUUGAUUGUGAUGACUCUUCGGGAGCACCUGAACAGAAAGGAAACUCUGAGAUGGCUAUGGGAAAUAUGUUGAAAUCUGUGUGUGUGGAGCCUGAUGUUGCAUUGAAGGAUGGUCCAAAUGAUAAUCUGCAGAACCCAAACUAUAAACCUGAGAUGAAUAGAAACAUUCAAGAACAUAAGACCUGUGAAACAUUGGAGAGCAUUGUGGAUGUGGAAGCCGAGAGAGAGCUUGUGUGUAGGAUGAGAGAAACCGAAAUUGAAAUAUCCAGUGUUUCUAGAGCAAGAGGAAAUGUGGGAGAGGCAUCAGGCCCUAACUCUCAAAAAUCAUGUGCAGAAUCUGAAAACCUUUUGAGCCAAGACAGACAUGAAGGAUUUCAAGUAAUAGAUGUGGGAGAUCAUGACCUUGGGAAGUCAUUGCAAGGAAUAGAAAUUGAGGAAAUGAUUAGCCCAGUUUUUAAGGAGAGCUGUGUCCUUUCAGAGAACACAAUAGAUCAAGGUGAACCUUUGGAAAAUUCUGAUAUUCACAGGGCUAGAGUGAAUGAUGAAACUGAUACAAAUAAGAAAGGAGAUGAAGCGUCUGGACCUGAAACAUCAACUGCCUGUUCCCCUCCACAGCUGCUGUCUGACCUGCUGGGUUCUUCCAUCAGUUUGUCUUCAGCUGCUAGUCAGAAAGUGGAUCUCAGCAGUUCCAUAGAACGCAGUACAGAAGUGGUACAUAUUACUCCAAAGUCAGCUCCAAGUGGGACGGCGUUAUGUGAUGACACUCAAGGGGUAAAAAAGAUAGACCUCCUGCUUGAUUGUUUGAAACAAGCAUUUUGUAGUGAAGAAUUCAGAGAAUCAAACAGCUUGAGGGAUAACAAAAUGUUGAAAGCAGGAGACUCGUUUGCCGGUUUGAAGCCAGAAAUGCUGAGUGAAGAAGUGCAAGAUAUGUUUAGCGCUUUAUCUGAAGGCCAAGUUCCUUGCACUUUAAAAACUCAGCAACUGACCAACAGGCUCACUGAUGAGCUUUCCAACCUCAUCAGACUUGAAAUACCUGGUUUGAUGGAAGACGAGCUCCUGAAGAGGCAAGUGAGGGAAACGCUUUGUAAAAGUAUUCCAGUGCUGUUAAGUACGGAGGGAACGCUGCAGAAUGUAUUGUGGCAAACAGUCGAGGAUGGUAAGGACAAUAUGAAUCAAUUAAUUGAAAUAAAAGCAAACAGAGGAGGUGAUGAGAGUGGGGAUUCAAUGACACCUUCUGGCUACAGCACUGGUAGCUUGGAAUCUGAAGCAAGCAUCGUGAAGGAGGUUAUUUCUGAUAGUACACCAAACAAUGAUAACAAAGGUGACGAUGCCAUGGAUGAGAUGAGAGUGCAGAAACAAGGAGGUGAUGUUGCGCUGCAGUCUGGUAACAUUUUAGGUGAAAUUGCGUUCUUGGAAGAUGCUCAAGAUAAAGCUACCUUGGAGGAUGCUUCAGGUAUGGUGUGGAUUUUCAGGAAUAAGCCUGAUGGUGGUUUGAAGGAAGAAUUAAACUUUGGGCAGGCUGUAAGUGAGGAUGCAGGUGAGAUGCUGCCUUCCAACUCUGUUAAUAAAAUUAACCUGCAUGGCAGUAAUCAUGAAAACACAGGUAAACUGCCACCAGGCAGGCAUGAAGAUUUCAUCGUAAAAGGAAUUAUGCUUGAGGGGCAAAAUAUUACUGAAGGUAAAGAUGAGGAUGUAGUGGUGCAUUCAUUUAAUGGUAAAGAUAAACUGCACAAAGAUGUAGAAGAGGAAAAUGGAAUUGACAUUGCGUCAGGUAGUGCCUGGGAUGCACAUGUGGUGAGUGAGAGGGAAGUAAAAUCAACCAGCCAAGACAAUCAUGAGGGUGCAAGCAAAGAUUCUUUUGCAGUGAUACAUGGUAAUCUGGAUGCAGCCAAACAGCCAGGAACCGUUCAGGAGCAAAUACUCGAAGAAGUGUCUCCAACUCAUUUUUGGAUUGAUGAGAAUAGCAGUGACACCAAGGGAAUAUCCCCUGACCUUGCAAGUGAACAAAGUACUGACACACACAUACAUGAUGUGAUGCAAUCUCACACUGCAGCCAAUGAAACACAACGGCUGAAGGCCAGUGGGGAGAAGAGCAGCAUUAAAGAUGGAACACAAGAAGUCUGCCAUGGAACGGCUGAGGGCCAUGUGACGGCUGAAGGAAAUGCAAAGCCGUGUGACAUUGUACAGCAGUGUUUGCAGCGCAGAGAGAAACUGCAAGCUCAUUUGAUGUUGCUCCAAGAGAGGAGAAUUCAGCUGGAGAGUCAGCAAAUUGUUGAUAGGAACCUGGAAACCCUUCAACAACAGCUAUGUGAUCUCAAAUUACUGAGGUGUGAACUGGAGGAGUCGGUCACAGGCAGCCUGCGAGCAGCAGAGGAUCUUCAGGCGAAAUGUUGCGAGAAUGGUAAUGAGGUUUUCCUGACGAACUUAGAAAUGGAUUGUAAGAAUUUACAGGCUGCUCUGGGGGACGUGGUGGAACUUUGCUCAAGCAAGGCUGAGACCCUGGGUAGUGCCAUUGAAGAAGAGGAGCUAAAGAUCAGGUUGUCAUACAAGGAGCUCCUUGCCACACUGGAAAGCCUUUCCUGCCACAUCAAAGAAAAUGCGGCCACCUUAGAGACUCUGCAGGCUGAGCCUGCUGGUGAUGUGGAAGCUCUCCAACACUGCACUCAGCAACACAAGGAUCUGGAAGAAAGCUUCGCUGAUAUAAAAACCCAACUGGAUGGCACUGCCUUUGACAUCCAGGUCUUUAUUUCAGACCACGCAUUGGAUCUCCCUCCUGAGGAGAACAGGAAUCUGCUCAGGCUUCUAAAUAGGACACAGACAUCAUUCAGAAAUAUGAUGGAAGUAAUAUCAGCACAGAUGAAAGCAUUGAAUCUUAAGUUGCAAACCAGAUUAGAGCAGGAUGAUCAGAAGGCUUUGGAAGAAAAGCAAGAGGAAUGUAAUAAGAGGCUGCAGGAGAUAGCUGAUCUACUGACAGUGAUGGAAAACAAAGUAAUCAUCUAUGACAGUGGGAAAUCUGUUUCCAGUGAAAAUCUAACGGAUUUACAAAAGCAUCAGGCAGAGCACCAGGCCUUACAAAAGGAAAUCCAGGCUAAUGCAGUCACUUUAACAAAUGUGGUAAGUGCAACUGAACAAUUUCUGGAGAAGAAUGGAGACAAACUUCGAUCAGAGGAGAGAGCGUCAAUGGAAAAUAAGCUUGCAGAAGCCAAACUGAAGCUCAGUGCAUUGAGUGAGAAAGUAGACUCCAACAUCAAGAAUCUAGACAAAGCUGUAACAACUGCUCUCAAACAGGAAACGGAGAAGGCCGCAGCAGUGAAGCAGUUGAAGGAAAAUGACAGUAAAGUCCAAGCGCUCCUGGAUUGGCUGUCCCGUAUGGAACAGGAGCCAAUGACUGAACAGGAGGGAAAAGAAACACUACAACAGAAUGGCAACACAAUUUCAGUGGAUGGACUGACGGUGCUGGAGAAUGAAGAUACGGUCAAUGGAAACCUACUUCGCGACCUAAGUGAGACUGUGGGAGAUGAAGAGAAAGAACUAAUAACUGAUGGAGAUUUGACCCAGCAAUAUGAAAAAGCCAAGGUUCGUCACCAGCAAGUUGCAUCACAACAGCAGUCUUACAUUAUAUCUACUCAAGCAGUCCGGGACUUCCUGGAGAAGCAAGGCCCAAGUAUUCCGGCGGAAGAGCGGGAGAAGUUGGAGAAGGACUUGAAUAAGUUGAAGGUUCAGUACGAGAUGGCACUGGCCCAGUCAGAGAGCAGACUGAAACUGAUACAGACUGUGCAGGACGAGUUGAGGACAUUUUCCACGGAUUACAGAGAAUUUGAAAACUGGUUGCGUCAGUCGGAGCAACAACUGCAGGAUCUCCAGUCUGGUGCCAAAGAUGUGGACACUUUAACUAGCAAACUGAAAAGGCAAAAAAGCUUUUCUGAAGACGUUAUCUCUCACAAGGGGGACUUGAGGUACAUUACUAUCUCAGGACAAAGAGUCCUUGAUGCUGCCAAAUCCUGCGGUAAACUGGGUCUGAAUAAAGACGGCAAACCUCAAGUAGAUACGUCUGCAACUUGUGCACAGGUGCAGAGCCAGCUGAACGAGGCAAAUGACUGUUACAAGUCACUGCAAUCUAAGUUCAAUCAGUUAGGUAAAAACCUCAAGGAUGUGGUGGAGAAGUAUGAGCGUUAUCAGGAAGUGUCAUCCGAUCUCCUACCCUGGCUUCAAGCUACUGAGGACACCACAAGAACUCAGCUGAUGGAGGCCAUUGCUGCAGACCCCAAAAACCUUCAGAAGCAGCUGGAGCAAGCCAAGGCUCUGCACGCUCAGAUAUCCGGACAUCAGCACGUUGUUGAGAAGCUUAGAAAAGCCGUGGAUGCACUUCUGGACACAGAUGGUGAUCUCUUACUGAAUCGCAAAGAAAUCCAAGAUAACCGGGAUGAUGUCGUGCUGAGAUACAAGGAUCUGUCCAAGUUGGUCAAUGACCGCAACGAGAGCUUGCAGGUAACACUCACACGUUCCUUGAGUGUUCAGGACGGUUUGGAUGAAAUGCUUGACUGGAUGGCAGGUGUGGAAAAGAGCCUGGAUGAUGAAGGGGAAAUUCCCUUAAACUCCGCUGCCCUUCAAGAAGCCCUUCAGAAAAACACUGCUCUAGAACAGAACAUUGCCAGUCGCCAAAGCAGCAUUAGUGCCAUUGAAGAGAAGGCCAACAAAUUCAUCGCCACGGCUGAUCCGUCAACAGCCUCUGCGUUGCAGGCAAAGGUGGACGAGCUCACCAAACGCUUGGAUUCAGCCAGCAGCCGGCACAAAGAGAGAACGGCCAGACUGCAAACACUCAGAGGCAACGUCGAGCUCUUUGAGAAGACGUUUGAAGGAAUCGAGCAGUUUGUAACCAAGAAAUCUCAAUCUCUGUCUGAAACUGAUGGGUCGGGAAAAGACAUCACCGAACUGUCACAGCACAUGCAGGAAGUGAAUGCGGAGUUACAGGAUCAAAGCGAGGGUUUGGUCACACUAAAUAAGUUGGCUGAAGAGCUUGGCAGGUGCACUACAGCUGAAGAACAGACACAGCUCCUCAACAAAGUCAACACUCUGUCAAAGAAUUUUCGAGGAUUGGAAGAGGCUACCAAAAAAAAAGAGGAAGAUUUAUUAUGUUGUCAACUUCAGACAGACCAAUUUAAAAGCUUGGUGAAAUCAUUUGGAAAGUGGGUAGAAGGAAUAAACAGCAGGAUUCCAGUUAUUGACUCAAGCCUUUCCACAGAAACUCUUCAAGGACAUGUGUCUGAUGUUAAGGUCAUGUGUGAUGAAUGGGCUGAGAAAGCUUCUGAGGUUCAGGAAAUUAAUCAGAAAGGGUCGGCGUUAUGUCACUUGAUCAGUGUGCUGGUUUCUUCAGCCACUUCAAGACCAGCAGUCAAGUCAGGUCCACAGGUGGUGAAUGGUGGGGGAGAAGUCUCUGAUGUCUGUGAUUCCAAAGAGAUGAACGCUAUCCAACAAGAUGUUGCAGAUGUGAAACAUCAGCAUGAAGAGGUGGGGGCCUUGCUGAAGAGCAAGGAAAGUCAGCUAGAUUCUAUGCUGGCUCAGAGGCAGCACACCCAGGAGGAAGCCUCAUUGGUCAGUGACUGGUUGGAAUUGAUGGAUAAGAGAGCUGCAUGCUGGGAUACAUUGCCAGCAGAGAAUGAAGCUGUGAAAGAAGAAAUUGAGCAACACAAGGUGCUUGAAGCUGAAUUGAAACAAAACAGUGACAGAGUUGAGCAAGCGAAAAAGAAACUGACUUUGCUGCUGCAGGAGAAUCCAGACUCACCAGAAGCUGGGAAAUGGAGGAAGAUGCUGGAUUAUAUAAAUUCAAAAUGGGAACAGGUCAGCCAGUUGGCCAGUGAGCGGCAACAGAGGUUGGAGGAGUCGUUCAGUUUCCACACGCAGUUUGAAACGGCUGAGGCACAACUUAGUCAGUGGCUUGUUGAAAAGGAGCUGAUGAUGAAUGUACUGGGACCGCUCUCCAUAGAUCCUCAUAUGCUGAACAAUCAGAAACAACAAGUUCAGAUCCUGCUGAAGGAGUUUGAGACACGGAAGCCACAACACGAGCAGUUGAAAGUAGCUGCUGAGGGUAUCCUGAGUCAACCGGAUGGCUCUGCUCCAACCUCGGGCCUUGUCAGUGACCAGCUGGCUGCUGUAACGCAGAAAUGGGACAGUCUGACUGGGCAGCUGGUUGACCGCUCUAACCUCAUUGACCAGGCUAUCAUCAGAAGUACCCAGUACCAAGAUCUAGUCCGGCACCUCUCAAGCAAGCUGAGCGCCCUGGAUGCUAAACUGGCCAGCCAGCCACCGAUUGAUGCCCAGCCAGAAGCCCUGAAGCGUCAGCUGGAUGAAGCCAGCGAACUCCGGGCAGAGCUAGAGCAGGAGGAGAAGGGUGUGCAGGAGGCCAAGACCCUCUGUGAGGAGAUCUCAGUCCUCGUCGGCGAGCAGUACCUGAGGGCUGAGCUCACCAGGCAGUUGGACAAUGUCGUGAAGCCAUUUCAGGAUCUUGAGGAGCGAGCAGGGAAACGAGUCCAUCAACUUCAGUCAGCACUGGCUAAUUCCGAGCAGUUCCAAAAGAUGUUUGAUGAUUUCCAAGCCUGGAUGUGUGGAAAAAGUGAUGAGCAGAGGCAGAGGGCUCCUAUAUCUUGUAAGCUGGACCUCCUCCACUUGUUGAUCGAUGAGCAGGCAGCAUUUCAGAAAUCCCUAGCCCAGAAGGCUGGCUGCUAUGAGAUGAUCAUGGCAGAAGGCGAGUCGCUCCUUCAGAAUAUGCAGCCCGGGGUAGAGAAGACCGCCUUGCAGGAACAACUUGCAGCGCUCAGGAGCACCUGGGAAGACCUGUCCAAGCAAGUGGAAAACAGGCACGAGAAAUUGAGAGACUGUUUGCAGAAAGCCCAGAAGUACAGAGAAUGUACUGAACACCUUCUACCAUGGAUAAAAGAAUGUGAAGCAAAGUCCUCGCAAGUCCAAGUGUGUAGUGAUGCGGCCAAAAUAGAGUCCUCCUUGGCAAGCAUUAAAGCCCUACAGAAUGACAUGGACAAACAUCGCAGGGCGCUUGAGAAUUUAAAUAAUGCUGCAGACUGCUUAAUGGAAGCUAGCCAGGCAGACGUGAAGGAAGUCCAGAGUGAGAAGGCAUUCGUCAACCAGCAGGUGGAUCUGAUCGCUGACCAGCUCCGCCUGAAAAAGGAUUCCUUGGAUGAGGUGGCCAAAUGUUUGAAGGAGUUUCAUCAGUCUCUCAGAGAUACAAAGGAGCAGUUAGAGGGGGCCAAACAGCAACUGGAUCACCACGAUACACUUGGGCCACAAGCAUACAGUAACAAGAGCUUGACCAACCUGAAUGCCCAACAGAAGAUGCUUCAGGCUUUGACAUCACAAGUGGAGAAGGUCAAGUGUCUCGCUCAGAGAUUGACCUCUGCUGCCUCUGGCAGAGAAGAUGCACCCUUGCUUCUGCAGAAGGCUAAUGCUUUACAGGAAGACUAUGAGUCAGUGAGCCAGCAAGUACGAGAAAGGUGCUCUUCCCUGGAGGCCAAGCUCCAAGGUAUUGGGCAGUUUCAGAACAACAUCCGGGAGAUGUUUUCCUUAUUUGCUGACCUCGACGAUGAACUGGAUAGCAUGGCUCCCGUGGGAAGGGAUUUGGAUUGCCUUCGUACUCAGAAAGAUGACAUCCAAGGCUUCAUCGUCAAACUCCAGGAGCUAACGGCAAACAUUGAAGUCUCGAAGAAGGAGAGCAAACAGAUGCUGGAGUCCUCCAGUUCUCCAGAUUUAUUGGGGUUGAAGCGGGACUUGGAGGCUUUAAGCAAACAGUGCAAUAAGCUGCUGGACAGAGCGACAGUCAGACAGGAGCAGGUGGAAGGCACCCUCAUACACGUUGAAGAAUUCAACAACAAAAGCAAAAUGUUCAGUGAGCUCAUGACCACGGCUGAGGAACACGAGGAGAAUCAGGGCAGCGUUGGAAUGGAAACGGAGGUCAUCAAUCAGCAACUGGAAUCUUUCAAGGUAUUUCAAAAGGAAGAGAUUGAGCCACUUCAGGCAAUGCUCCAGGAGGUUAAUCGACUUGGCCAAGGGUUGAUCCAGAGUGCGGCCAAAAAUACCAAUAUCCAGAAGUUGGAACAUGAUAUUGAAGAAGCAAAUGUGCGGUGGAAUACUCUCACCAAAAAGGUUGCGGAGCGAGCGGCCAAGCUGCAGGAAGCUCUGUUGCAUUGCGGCAGGUUCCAGGAUGCACUCGAAUCUUUGCUCAGCUGGCUAGUGGAUACAGAGGAACUGGUAGCCAACCAAAAGCCACCUUCCGCUGAGUUUAAAGUAGUAAAGGCUCAGAUUCAAGAACAAAAGCUUCUCCAACACUUACUGGAUGACCGCAAGCCAACAGUGGAGAUGAUUAAGCAGGAAGGGGAGAAGAUCGCCGAGUCAGCUGACACCAUGGACCAUGAAAGGACAUUGAACCAGCUACAAGGUCUGGGUCGUAGGUGGACUUCCCUUCUGACCAAAGCUGAGAGCAGACAGCGGCAGCUAGAGGCUAUCUUGGUUGUGGCUCAGCAGUUCCACGAUACCAUGGAACCCUUGAUUGAAUGGUUGUCAGCUGCGGAGAAGAAGGUUGCAAACUCCGAACCUAUUGGAACUCAAACAGCCAGACUACAGGAACAGAUGACCCAACACAAGGCUACAGAAGAUGAUGUCAUCAGUCAUGGUAAACAGUUGCACCAAGCUAUAAGCAUUGGUCAGUCAUUAAAGACGAUGAGUUCCAGAGAUGAUAAAGACGUGGUACAGGGAAAGCUGGAUUCCGUCCAGACUCGUUACAUUGAGGUCCAGGACAGGUGUGGCCGCAAAGCUGCCCUGAUCCAGCAGGCUCUCUCCAAUGCCUGGAUAUUUGGGGAGGAGGAAGUUGAGGUUCUGAACUGGUUGGCUGAAGUGAAAGACAAACUUGACAAUGUGGCCAUUCAAGACUACAAUCCUGAGCAUCUCCAGAAACAACAUUCGGACCACCUGAAUCUUCACGAAGACAUCCUUUUGCGGAAGCAACAUGUUGAUCAGGUCAUCCAGAACGGGCUGGCUCUACUGAAACAGACGACAGGGGAUGAAGUUAUAAUAAUUCAAGAAAGGCUCGAUAGUAUAAAAGCUCGGUAUGCUGAGGUUACCACCACCAGUGGUAAAGUCUUGAAGACCUUAGAACAGGCCCUGCAGCUUGCCACCAAGUUCCAGUCUGCUCAUGAAGUGUUGUCUACCUGGCUCGAUAAGGUGGAGGCUGAACUGGCCAUUUGUGCAUCUGAGGCACUUGCAGGAGAACAGCUGGCUCAAGUUCAGGAAAGGCAACAGGAGCUGAGGAAAGAGAUGAUGGAGUACAGGGUGAGUCUGGACACAGUCAAUGAAGUCAGCAGUGCUCUGUUGGAACUUGUCCCAUGGAGAGCGAGAGAAGGGCUCGACAUUCUGGUGUCUGACGACAAUGAGAGGUACCGGUCAGCAAGUGAGACCAUAGCACAGAAGGUGGAAGAAAUAGAUGCUGCUAUACAGAGAUCACAGCAGUUUGAGCAAAGAGCAGAUGCAGAGAUUGCCUGGAUCGCAGAAACAGAGAGGAAGUUGAGAUCACUUGGCGACAUAAGGCUUGAGCAAGACCAGACUUCUGCUGAACUGCAAGUUCAAAAGGCCUUUUCUAUGGACAUUUUACGACACAAAGACACAAUUGAUGAGCUGGUGGCAAAAGGGGAUCAAAUUAUGAAUUCCAGCACCGAAGAGGAGAAAAUAUCCCUGAAGAAAAAGCUGGACACCCUUCAGAAGCAGUAUGAGGUGAUCAGUCAGAUGAACGCUGAGCGAUACUUGCAGCUUGAACGGGCCCAGUCUCUGGUCAACCAGUUUUGCGAGACCUACGAGGAGCUCUGGCCAUGGCUUGAAGAGACUCGGGUGUUGAUCUCACAGUUACCGACCCCUGCCAUCGAGUUUGAACUUUUGAAGCAGCAGCAGGAGGAGCUUCGGCAACUACGAGAGCUAAUAGCUGAACACAAGCCCCACAUUGACAAAAUGAACAAGACUGGACCUCAGUUACUGGAGCUGAGCCCCCGGGAAGGCCUGGCCAUUCAACAGAAGUACUCUGCAGCUGAUGCUCUUUAUAGUGAGGUCAAAGAAGCUGUCAAGCAAAGAGCCAUCUCGCUGGAUGAAGCCAUUUCCCAAUCCACUCAGUUUCAUGACAAGAUAAAUCCCAUGCUCGAGGCUCUGGAACGCAUCGCAGUCAAACUGAGGCAGCCGCCUUCCAUCUCGGCCGAGGUGGAGAAAAUCCGAGAGCAGAUCAGUGAAAACAAGAAUGUCACGAUGGAACUGGAGAAGCUGCAGCCAGCGUUCGAGACCCUCAAGCAGCGAGGUGAUGACUUGAUUGGGCGUUCUGAAGGAACUGACAAAGACUUCUGUGCGAAAGCUGUUCAAGAGCAGUUGGACAAAAUGGUCUUCUAUUGGGCGGACAUCAAGACCCGGGCAGAGGAACGGGAGGCCAAGCUGCUCGAUGUGAUGGACCUGGCCGAGAAAUUCUGGUGUGAUCACUCUGCUCUCAUUGCCACCAUUAAGGAUACCCAGGACUUGAUCCGAGAACUGGAGGAACCUGGGAUAGAUCCAUCUGUUGUCAAAGAACAGCAGGAAGCUCUGGAGACAAUCAAAGAAGAAAUUGAUGGACUUCAGGAAGAGUUGGAGAUUGUUCAGAAUCUUGGAGCCGAGUUAACCUCAGCCUGCGGAGAGCCUGAUAAACCAGUGAUGAAGAAAAACGUAGAUGAGCUGAACGGUACCUGGGAUAAUCUGAAUAAGGCGUGGAAAGACCGCAUUGAUCGUCUGGAUGAAGCAAUGCAGGAGGCAGUUCAGUUCCAGGAUGCACUGCAGGCCAUGUUUGACUGGAUGGACUUUGCAGAAAGUAAAUUGAACACCAUGCCUCCAGUUGGUACGGAUCUGGAGACCGUGAAACAACAAAUUGCCGAGCUCAAGCACUUUAAGACCGAAGUAUAUCAGCAGCAAAUAGAGAUGGAGCGACUGAAUCAUCAGGGAGAAUUGUUACUGAAGAAAGUAAACGAAGAAAGUAAUAAGCGUGUUGUACAGGAGCCUCUGCAUGAGCUGAAACAUUUCUGGGAAAACCUGGACGGGAAAAUCGUCAACAGACAGCAUAAACUAGAGGGUGCUCUGUUAGCCUUGGGACAGUUCCAACAUGCCCUGGAUGAACUGAUGACGUGGCUGACACACACCGAGGAGCUGCUAAGUGAACAGAAGGCAGUUGGUGGAGAUCCUAAAGCUAUUGAAAUUGCAAUUGCCAAACAUCACGUUCUGCAGAAUGAUGUCCUGGCUCACAAGUCUACGGUGGAGACGGUGAACAAGGCUGGGAACGCUCUGCUGGAAUCCAGUGACGUGGAGGAAGCCAGCAGUCUACAGAGCAAACUGGAAAGUCUUAACCAGCGCUGGAAGAAUGUUCUGGAGCAAACCGCCCAGCGGCAACAGCAGUUGCAUCAUUCACUCAUCCAGGCUCAGGGUUUCCAGAGUGAGAUUGACGAUAUGCAGCGGUGGCUGGUGGAGACCGAACGGCAGCUGUCAGCAUCAAAACCCCUUGGAGGUCUGCCAGAAACAGCCAGAGAACAGCUCAACGCUCAUCUGGAGCUUAAUGCAGCAUUUAAAGCCAAAGAGGAGAUCUUCAAGAACCUGAUAAACAAGGGACAGCAGAGCUGUGAAGAAGCUGGUGACAGCAAUUUGGAGGAAGGAAUCAGCAACCUGAAGGGAAGAUGGGAAUCUGUUGAAACAAAACUAACAGAACGAAAGGUUAAAUUGGAGGAGGCCCUCAACCUAGCCACUGAGUUCCACAACUCACUUCAAGAAUUCAUCAACUGGCUGACUCAAGCAGAACAAAGUCUGAUGUUAGCUGCAUCACCCAGUCUCAUUUUGGAUACCAUCUUAUUCCAGAUUGAUGAGCACAAGGUUUUUGCUAACGAAGUCAACUCGCACCGUGAGAAAAUAAUUGAAUUGGAUAAGACUGGAACCCACCUGAAGUACUUCAGUCAGAAGCAGGAUGUGGUGCUCAUUAAAAACUUGUUGAUCAGUGUUCAAGCUCGAUGGGAAAAGGUUGUGCAACGUUCUAUUGAUCGAGGAAGAGGGCUGGAUGACGCGAGGAAGCGUGCCAAACAGUUCCAAGAGGCCUGGAAGAAAUUGAUGGAGUGGCUGGAAGAGUCAGAAAAAAACCUGGACUCUGACCUUGAAAUUGCAAAUGAUCCAGACAAAGUGAAAAUGCAACUUGCAAACCACAAGGAGUUCCAGAAAGCACUCGGAGCAAAGCAUUCUGUAUACGACACAACAGUAAGGACGGGCCGCUCCCUGAAAGAGAAGACAACUUUAGCCGAUGAUCACCAGAAGCUGGAUGACAUGCUGAGCGAACUGAGGGACAAGUGGGACACAGUUUGCGGGAAGUCAGUGGAAAGACAGAACAAAUUGGAAGAAGCUCUUCUCUUUUCAGGCCAGUUUACAGAUGCCUUACAAGCUCUGAUUGACUGGCUUUACAAGAUCGAGCCCAUGCUGGCGGAAGAUCAGCCAGUGCAUGGAGAUGUUGAUCUUGUCAUGAACCUGAUUGAUGCUCACAAGGUCUUCCAGAAGGAGCUGGGUAAACGGACGAGUGGUGUCCAGGCUCUCAAGCGCUCAGCCCGUGAACUGGUUGAGGCCAGCCGUGAUGAUUCAUCCUGGGUCAAAGUGCAGAUGCAGGAACUUAGUACCCGCUGGGAGACAGUGUGUGCUCUUUCUGUCUCCAAACAAGCUAGACUGGAGCAAGCCCUCAACAAGGCUGAGGAAUUCCACUCUGCUGUGCACGUGCUGUUGGAGUGGCUGGCCGAGGCUGAGCAGACCCUCCGUUUCCAUGGCGUUCUUCCAGAUGACAGUGAUGCUCUCCACGCACUCAUUGAUCAGCACAAGGAGUUCGUGAAGAAGCUGGAAGAGAAGAUGACUGAGUUGAAUUCGGCUGUGGGUAUGGGGGAAUCCAUCUUGUCCAUCUGCCACCCAGACUCCAUCACAACUAUCAAGCAUUGGAUCACAAUAAUCCGAGCCCGUUUCGAAGAGGUAACUGCAUGGAGUAAGCAGCAUCAACUGAGACUGCAAGCAGCCCUUGCUGAUGUUAUCUCCAAUCAGGAGCUGCUGGAGAGUCUGCUGAGUUGGCUACAGUGGGCAGAGACGAUACUCACUCAGAGAGACCAAGAGCAACUUCCACAGGAGAUUGAAGAAGUCAAAACACUUAUUGCUGAGCACCAGACCUUUAUGGAGGAAAUGACCAGGAAGCAACCAGAUGUGGAUAAAGUGACAAAGACAUACAAGAGGAAAGCUGCAGAGCCAACCCAGAUCACAUCCAACAUACCUGUCGUUGAGAAAGGAAGGUCAAGGAAACGACUCCCAACACGGGCUCUGUAUUCACCAGCAACCCAGUCUAUUGAAACUAAAAAUCCACGUGCAAAUCUCCUGGUUAGCAAGUGGCAGCAAGUGUGGCUGUUGGCACUGGACAGGCGGCGGAAGCUCAACGAUGCACUGGAUAGGCUGGAGGAGCUGAGAGAAUUUGCCAAUUUUGAUUUUGACGUUUGGCGAAAGAAGUACAUGCGAUGGAUGAACCACAAAAAAUCCAGAGUAAUGGACUUCUUCAGGCGCAUCGAUAAGGAUCAAGAUGGGAAAAUCACAAGACAAGAAUUUAUUGAUGGAAUUCUCUCUUCAAAGUUUCCGACCAGCCGCUUGGAAAUGAGUGCUGUGGCAGACAUAUUUGACCGGGAUGGAGACGGGUACAUUGAUUAUUAUGAAUUUGUAGCGGCACUUCAUCCCAAUAAGGAUGCCUACAAGCCUCUUACUGACGCUGACAAAAUAGAGGAUGAGGUCACACGGCAAGUUGCAAAAUGUAAAUGUGCAAAGCGGUUUCAGGUGGAGCAGAUUGGAGAGAACAAAUAUAGGUUCUUCCUGGGAAAUCAGUUUGGUGAUUCCCAGCAGUUGCGACUGGUCCGUAUCUUACGUAGUACAGUCAUGGUUCGUGUUGGAGGAGGCUGGAUGGCCUUGGAUGAGUUUUUGGUGAAAAAUGAUCCAUGCAGAGCUAAGGGCAGAACAAACAUCGAACUGCGUGAAAAGUUUAUUCUUCCCGAAGGCUCUAGUCAGUCCAUGGCCGCCUUCCGGUCACGAGGACGGAGGUCACGGCCUUCAUCAAGGGCGGCUUCUCCCAACAGGUCGACGUCGAGCGCCAGCCAAAGUGUUGCAGUUCCCCCAGUUGUUACAAGUACGCCACCUAAGACACCCCAACAUUUAAUCCGCAAUUAUGAUAAACCAUGGUUGACAAACAGCAAAUCUUCAAGUGCUUAUAAAACUCCAGAGUCCCCCGAACGCCGAGUCCCAUCUCCAGAGGUAACACCAAUCCAGGGAAGCAAAUUGCGACCGCCUGGGUAUCUGUCGGGAAAGAGUUUUCAUUCAGGAGAGGACAGCGGCUUAACAUCAACUCCUCCUUCAAGGGGAAGGUCACAAGUACCAGUCUUGGAGUCAAGAAAAGUCCCAAGUCGUCCCACAAGUUGUGCAGGGAGUAAGACCGGCAGUAGAGCAAGUAGUCGCCGGGGCAGCGACGCUUCCGACUUCGACAUUUCAGAUAUUCAGUCUGUGUGCUCGGAUGUUUCAGAGACAGUGCCUGAAACCAGCAGAUCAGGGUCACGAGCAGGAUCUCGGCCAUCUUCAGCGAAACCGUCAAAAAUCCCUACGCCGUCGAGGAGGUCCCCAGCAACUAGAAAACUGAGUGCAGCCUCCAAAAGAUAGUCUGAUCUCAGAGGCGAAUUCCUGAGUUAAUUCUUGAUGCAGUCCUUGAGAUGUAAAAUAUUCUGUAGAAUCUGUUGUGAAAUAAUGCGAGAGGUGAACUUUUGAUGCUGCAGAAUGGCCUUAUUUGUGUGUUUGUCUUGUAAGGUAUAUUAUUUUAUGUGAAUAAAUAUUCUGUUAACUUUUUUUCUUUGAUGCCAUAUCCUCUGGAGGGAAAAUUAAAAGAGCUUUUAAGACAGAUGUAAGUUAAACUAAUAUUUUUACAUGUAAUGUAGAAUUGAGUAACUAUUACUGAAAGUUGUUUUGAAUGUACGAUAAUGAAAACAAAAUCCCAGGAACGUGUCUUGUCAAUGAGCAGGCCUUUAUCUCAAUGGUUUGCUAACCACUCUUGAUUACCUCGUGCACAAUUCUAAUGAGGCGAUGCUGAAUAUUACGAAAUAACUUUAUUUGCUCGGAGCUGACUUUUUUCUGAAUUACAUACAAAGCAAAUGUCUGUGUCCCAGGUAAAAAGGGAUGUAAAAUGCCAAUCAGCAUUACCUUAAUGUAGUGAAUUGAAUUUGCUCUGAAUCAUUUAGUUAACACAUUCAUGUCGGCUGUUAAGAAGACACUUUAAGAAACGAAGCCCUGCAGCAUUUGUGUCAUUUUAUUUAGCUGAGAUCAAACUGCCAUUAUUAAAAACUCUCCUGCCCUCCCACAACAAGUAAUUUGUACUACUAAUAAUUAAUAUAUUAAGUAUGAAGUGUUGAUGUCAAUGUGAAAUUUUCUUUUGCUUGAGUGGAAGAUAAUUGUAUCAUUGAUCCCUUUUUUUUAUUAAAGCAGAGUUGCUUGCCAUAAGUCACAAA